AUUGUUUGUAUCAGCUUAGCAAUGAACAUUUUAAAGAAGAGCCAUGUGCUGAAUCAAAAUUGUUUGCGGGAUAAGAUUCAGGAAUUGUCUCCUUUAUUGCGGAAUUUGGAUUGGCCGGCCAACAAGGAUUCGGUGUUCCGGGCAACAUGGAGCUACUAUGCCAGCGGCUGUCAGGAGCGACUGACGAGCAUUCGCAGGCGCAUCGAACAGAAUGCUAGGAUAGUGGCUCCAAAUAAAAGGAUAAGUGCCCCACUUCCAGUCGAACUCAAGCUCCCCUUCACCGAGAGCCAGCUGAAACCAGGAUUGGAUGCGGAUGAACACAUAUACCGGGAAUUGGUGUCCUGUUUUCGCAAUGCCGAAGGCACGGCUUCUACAAAGAAAACCCCUCAAAAGCGCUCCAAAAUUCAGAGGCAUUUCGAUAUGAGUAAAUUUUCCACACCCGAACAGUGGAUUAAUUGGAAGCUAGAGGAACAGCAAGUGGGUCAACUGCUGAAACAAUCCUUUGAUCCAUACCUAAAAGAGGAAAUGUCCAAGAAGCUGCAACAUUUAAAAAAACUUACCAAACGAACCCCUCUGUUAGAAGUUCCAAAUCAGAAAGAAUUAGUUGAAAAUCCCAAGGUGUCACAUUCAAAGAAAAGAAAAUCAAGACAAAAGUAUAUUGAUGAAACAGAUAAAUACAAACCCAAUUUUGAAUUAAGAAAAACCAAAUCAUUCACGAAUUUGGAUGAAAACAAACUGUCAUUGAGCUCAAAAAAAGCACCCACAAAAUUAGCAGCAAUAUAUGAACUCCCUAUAAAUUUAAGAAAAAACGAUACUAAAUUGGCAGAAAAAUAUGAGGUCCAUUCUUAUGCCUCGGAAAUGAGUUGUUUUCAAUCAUAUCCGGAUUGGUUUCAAACCAACGAACUGGACAGGGUUUUCAUUGAGACUGUAGUUAAUAAGAAAGAGCCCAAGGAGCACAAGGAGCCCAAGGAGCCCAAGGAGUCCAAGGACUCCAAGGAGUCCAAGGAGUCCAAGGAGCCCAAGAAAAUUAAGAAAACUAUAAAACGCAGGGUUGUUGAAACUAUGGAGGUCGAGAAGACCCCAUCGAGACCCAUUAAGAUUGCCUGCUCCUUGUGCAAUUUGGUUAGGAGAAGGCAAUCCGAACUGCGGCCCUAUAUGCAGCGAAUGCAAUUAGAACGCCAGCGAUUGGAACUAAAGACUUAUUACACUCAGAAGUUGCUGAAAUGUCGGCAGGCUCAAGAGCAGAAUGUCCAGGAGCAAAAAAGAGCCUGUGCCCGUGAGGUCCUGGCCAGAUGCUAUCAAACACUGAAUUUAUGUCAGCAGAUCCUGGAACAGAGACGAUUGAAAAAAUGUCAGCUGCAACAAUCCGAACAAAUAAGAAAGUUAAGCACAUGACCAUUAUUUGCCAGGCUAUUAAUGAUUUCAACUUUGAUUUCCUGGGGUCUGAUCGUCAUAUGCUAUCCCUAAUUGGGUAUAGAUUUCAAUUCAAAUGGUAAAACAUGUGUCUUGUGGAUUUUAGAAAAACUACGAGAGAAUGAAGUCAGUGUAUUAUUUAUCAAAACUUA